UGGGCAUGCGUAGUGCUUCAGUGAUGUUAUAGCUCAUCGCGAGUAGGCCUUGGUUCUGUAUCGUAGCCUGUGUUUCUGUUAGGGAUUUAUUUAUUUUGUGUGAAAUAUGGCUGGCUGGGCAGGAUUUUCGGAUGAGGAAUUAACACGAAUAAAACAGCUAAAAGGUCCAUUGAUCUCCGAAAAACCAGAAAGAUUUAAACAAACACCCUCCACAAACAAAAGUCGUCAGCAACUUCAAAGAGAACGAGUGUUACAUCAGUUGCAUAGUCGCAGAUCAAUGGAGCAUAAUCAAAUUGAUCCAGGUCAACAAUUUUCCAGACUGAAAAUGAGACCACCCGAAACUGCAGAGCCUUCAUCACCCAAACUAGAACCAAAGGAGGCUCAGAAUGAGAGUGAAAAACAAAGUGAAACUAGAGUAAGCCAUCAGAUGGACACAAACGGAGCCAAAGCAUCAUCAACAUUCCAAGACUACUCAGUCCAAGACUUAACAACAGAACAGAUGAAAGGGGUGGAAUUACGCGAGAGAUCAAGGCUGGAACAACUGCAGCUAGAGCAGCGAUUAAUGGAAGAGAAGAAUAAACGCAAGAAAGCUCUUCUCUCAAAGGCCGUUGCAGAAAGGUCAAAGCGAACCAUGGAAGAAACUGUGAAACUGAAGCAAAUCCAAAAGGAACUUCAGACCUUGGAUAGCUUGUUAUCAAAUGAUGUUAACAUCUUACGGAAUCGUAUUGAAAAGACCAGCUUGGAAUAUUAUCAGGCUAAAAAGAGGUAUGAUCAGGCAGAAGUGGAAUAUGUUGCAGCAAAACUAGAUCUGUACAAGAAGAAUGAAUUGAAGGAACAACUGACUGAGCAUCUGUGCACCAUAAUUCAACAGAAUGAAUUACGCAAAGCUAAUAAACUGGAGGAGCUGAUGCAGCAAUUGGAGAUGGAGACCGACGAGGAGCGGCUGGAACUGGAGAUUGAAGUGGACAAUUUAUUAAAGCAGCAGGCAAUAUUCCAGGGAACUGAUCAGGUUAAUACAAGUGAUGAGUCAACACAGCAAGCUGUUCAAGCAGACCAACUGAAUCAUGUGGUUAAACAGGUUGAAGAAAAACAGAUCUCAGGUGAAAACGUUUCAAAGGACCAAAAUAAAUCUCAGUCAGAGAAUGUAAACCAUAGAAUAUCAGAGAAGAUUGCAAAUUGAGUGUGUAUAUUUGUGCUUCAGAAAUGAAUUGAGAUGAAAUUGACUUUUGUUUUCCCAAUAUAAAAUCAUUUAAGUGUUCCUAAGCUUAAUCCACAUUACCAAUUAUUUUUUGAAAAAAAACCAAAUCUUUAAAGUUUUUGUAUUUUUCUUAUGGAGUAUUUAUGGCUCAGCCAGUAAUUAUUACCUAUCCCUAAUUAACCUUGAGAAGGUGUGGAGAGCUGCCCUCUUGAAGAGCUGCGGUCCAUGUGUAGGUACACCAGUACUAUCAGCAAAGGAGUUUCUGGAUUUUGACCCAACAACGAUGAAGGAAUAAUGAUGUAGUUCCCUAGGAAGAUAUGUGGUUUGUACAGGAAAUUGCAGAUGGUGUUUUCUCUCUCUCUCUCUCUCUCUCUCUCUCUCUCCCCCCCCCCCCACUGUGCCUUCCAAAUAGUGGGCAUACUUGGAGGAAGCGAACGCUGAGUUACCCGUUGCAAACUUAGCCCCAUACUGCACCUGUAGCUACAGUAUUUAUGAUGCUACUCCAGUUCAGUUUCUGGUUGUCAAUCAUCACUCCCCCAAUAACCAAAAACUGAGCUCACCCAGUCUGAUUGAGGUGAUUGACCGUGGACAAUUAAAACUUGUCUCCUUUGUGCUUGAUAUGACUCUACCCAUUAAAGAGUUUCCCUCAAUUCCCAUUGACUUCAGUUUUCCUAAGAUUCCUUGAUGCUACCCUCAAUUAAGUAAUGUUUUGAUGUCUGGGGAAAUCACUUUCACUUCCCUUUGUGUUCAACCCCCUUUUUUUUGACCAUAUUUGCACCAAGGGUGUAAUAAGGUUAGGUGCAGAGUAAACUUUGCAGAACAUAGCCUGCCCACUGACAUUCAGUUCAUGUUGAGUAACUGCCACUUGAUAGCACCGUUGAUGAUGCAUUCCAUAAAUAGUGAAUAGACCUGAUAAGGUGGUAAUUGGGUAGGUUCUAUUUCUGCUUUUUGUUGAAUGGGACAUGACCUGGGCAAGUUUCCAAAUUGCUGGCUAAUUAUCGUUUUUGUAAUUGUUUGAGAAUAGUUUGAUGAGGAGAAUGGCUUUUUCUAGAGUCCACAUCUUCGCUACUGAUGCCUAAAUGUUGUCAAAGUCCAGAGCCUUUGCACUGUCUGGUGCCUUCACCCAUUUCUUGAUAUCACAUUGAGUGAAAUGGAUUGGCUGAGGGCUAACAUCUGAUACGUAGGGACCUUGAGAGGAGGCCAACAUGGAUCUUCCACUUGACAUUUCUGACUGACAAUUGUUGCAAAUGGAUUAGCAUAAUCUUUUGCUCUGAUAUACUGAACCAUCAUUGAGGAUAUUUCAGAGCUUCAGUGAGAUGUUUAAUUGUCUGUUGUUAUGCAUGACUGGAUGUGUUAAGACUGCAGAUCUUGGAUCUGAUCCAUAGGUUGUGGAAUCCCUUAACUCUGCUUGGCAUCCUCUGCUGUUGCUUCAUCUCAUUAGGAGUAUCUGAUGAUCCUGAAAUGCUCUGCUGCACUCUUCUUUGAACAAGGGUAGAUCCCAUGAUUUUGGUGCUAAUGACAGAGUGGACAAUAUACUGGGCUGAGAUUACAGAUUGUAGUGGAAUACAGUUCACUUUUUGACCCUCCAUGUUUUAUGGAUACCAAGUGUAGAAUUGUUAGAACUGUUCUAAAUCAACAGUAUUCAUUAUAAUGUGAGUGUUACACAACAGGGGGAUAUGUUUACUGUAAAAACAGCUCUUCAUUCCCACAAAAACUUGUAUGGUGGUCAUUCCUACAGGUGGGUGGAUCAGGAGAUAACCACACUUGGUACUGGCGAUAUCUAGGACAUUACCUGCAAGGUUUGAUUCUGUGAGAACAGCUGUCAGGCUGUUUUUUAAGCUAAUUUGUGAGACGGCUCUCCCAAUGUUGGCACAACUUCCUCAGUGUUACUGUGAAGGAUGUUGCAAGGUUAAUAUGACUGUGUGCCAUUGUCAUUUCUGGUGUCUUAGUUGAUCCCCCAACUAAUCUGUUUGAUUUUUCUUUAAUUUGUUUCUAGUGGGUUAGUAUACAUUGGUUGUUAGCAGUUGAAAAGUCAAUACAUUGCUAUAAUUCUGGAAUCUUGAUAAUGACUGCUGUUAUGGUGGUGAUGGUAGAUUAUCCUUCCCAAAAAGGACAUGAGGGAAUGGAUUUGUAUGACAAUCGAUAGUGGUUUCAUGAUCACCUUUAGGGUAGCUAUUAGUUCUGAUUUAUUAAUUGAAUUCACAUUUCACUAUCAUAUCUCCAAAACAUUAGCAUGGGCCUCUGAAUUAGUGUUCCAGUAACAAGACCACUACACCAUUCUCAACCAUUGAUAAAAUUUAAGUUGAGUGAAAGCCAGCUCACAAUAUAAUUGAGGUAUUUUGGACCUGAUGAUUAAACGUUUUUACUUGAGGCACUUUUAUAAGUGUUCCUAUACUUAAUCGACUCUUCUAACACACUAACUUUAACUUUCUUUAAAUUAUAAUGUGUGUCAUAUAGUUUGUUUUCCCCAUGAUGUCUUAACAUUUGACCA